GAAAUAUAAUAAUAAUACUACUCUUCGUUCCAAGAUGAGCAACACAAUAGCACACCCUGAAGAACGCCAUAAUGGGUGAGUUUUUAGCUGGGCCGGUGCUCCCUCUCUGACAUCACUGCCAAUUCCCUCCCCUCCGUCCCUCUUUCAAGCCCGCCGCCCCCGUUCCCUGAACUUGCUCCCACCUCGACCUUAAGACUCAUAAGAGCCGGUCGCCAAUUCGCACCCAUCACUCCUCAGAUCUCUCUCUUCUCCAUUGACAUUUCUGUGUCUCGCACCUUUCCUUCUUUGCGAAUUUAUCGUGAAGUUAAUUGACCGUUCCGGCGCUUUUCCCUGUUCUCCUCGCUUUUUUAACUCACUCUCACCCACACCUUUAUUUCCUUUCCUUUCUUUUCUUCCUGCACCGACAAUCCAUCCAACUCCUGGUUCUUCGGAUCCCUGUCUGCAUCACGGCUAAUAUGGACCCCCUGCGCAGUACCUUCGAACUUAAAGAUGACACCGUCAUUGUGGUGCUAGGUGCUUCGGGAGAUCUCGCAAAAAAGAAGACCUUCCCAGCCCUGUUUGGCCUUUUCCGUAACAAAUUCCUCCCCAAGGGCAUCAAGAUCGUUGGAUAUGCCCGUACAAAAAUGGACCACACCGAAUACCUUCGACGCGUGCGAUCAUACAUUAAGACCCCCACCAAGGAGAUUGAAGAACAGCUAGACAGCUUCUGUGAGCUUUGCUCCUACAUCAGCGGCCAGUACGACCAGGAUGACUCCUUCCUCAAUCUUACCAAGCACCUGGAGGAGAUCGAAGCCGGCCAGAAGGAACAGAACCGCGUCUUCUAUAUGGCUCUGCCGCCCAGUGUUUUCAUCACAGUCUCGGAGCAAUUGAAGCGGAACUGUUACCCCAAGAAUGGCAUUGCUCGUAUCAUUGUCGAGAAACCCUUUGGUAAAGAUCUUUACAGCUCUCGGGAUCUUCAGAAAGCCCUCGAACCCAACUGGAAGGAAGACGAAAUUUUCCGUAUCGAUCACUACCUAGGCAAGGAGAUGGUUAAGAACAUCCUUAUUAUGCGCUUCGGAAACGAAUUCUUCAAUGCCACAUGGAACCGCCACCACAUCGAUAAUGUUCAGAUCACAUUCAAGGAACCUUUCGGUACUGAGGGCCGUGGCGGUUACUUUGACGAAUUCGGCAUCAUCCGUGAUGUGAUGCAGAACCAUCUCUUGCAAGUGUUGACACUGCUCGCCAUGGAGCGACCCAUCUCUUUCUCUGCCGAGGACAUUCGUGACGAGAAGGUGCGAGUACUGCGCGCGAUGGAUGCGAUUGAGCCCAAGAACGUCAUUAUCGGUCAAUACGGCAGAUCGCUGGACGGAAGCAAGCCCGCAUAUAAGGAGGACGACACCGUUCCCCAGGACUCUCGCUGCCCGACAUUCUGCGCCAUGGUGGCUUUCAUUAAGAAUGAGCGAUGGGAUGGUGUUCCCUUCAUCUUGAAGGCAGGAAAAGCCCUGAACGAACAGAAGACCGAGAUCCGUAUCCAGUUCCGUGAUGUGACCUCCGGUAUCUUCAAGGACAUCCCCCGCAACGAGCUGGUCAUCCGCGUCCAGCCCAACGAGUCAGUUUACAUCAAGAUGAACUCCAAGCUUCCCGGGCUCUCCAUGCAGACCGUCGUCACCGAGCUGGAUCUCACCUACCGCCGUCGCUUCUCCGACCUGAAGAUCCCCGAGGCUUACGAGUCCCUGAUCCUGGAUGCUCUCAAGGGUGACCACUCCAACUUUGUUCGUGACGAUGAACUGGAUGCUAGCUGGAAGAUUUUCACUCCUCUUCUACACUACCUGGACGACAACAAAGAGAUCAUUCCCAUGGAAUACCCCUAUGGUUCUCGAGGACCGUCUGUUCUGGACGACUUCACGGCAUCCUUUGGCUACAAAUUCAGCGAUGCUGCAGGAUAUCAGUGGCCUCUGACACACGCUUCACCUAACCGGCUGUAGGUGUAGGCAAAUAAAAUGCAAACGGGGCUAGCAAUGAUCUGAGAACCUGGGGAAUCAUGGAGUUUUCCUUUUUUUUUUUUCCUUCUUUUUUUUUUGUU